AUGGGCUCCACCGCCACCAAAAUUUGUUCGCUCUUUAACAUACAUAUCACCAUCGCCGCCAACGGAGCCGCCAGGAAAGCCGCCAGCACCAUCGCCGCCAACGGACCCACCAGGAAAGCCGCCAGCACCAUCGCCGCCAACAGGUCCAACAGAGCCGCCAGCACCAUCGCCGCCAACGGACCCACCAGGAAAGCCCCCAGCACCAUCGCCGCCAACAGGUCCACCAGAGCCGCCAGGAAAGCCCCCAGCACCAUCGCCGCCCCGGCCACCCUCGUUCCGCAGGAGCGUUGGCGCCUCCGAGUGCAGAAAGUAGUCCGACAAGGCUUGCUCAAAUGA